AUGUCCACCACCAUAUCUACUUGGGUAGAGAAGGAACGUCAGUCGAUUGAAAAAUGGUCGAAAGAUCCUGUCGGCAAGGAAGAAAGCCAUCUUGUAAUUUCAGCUCUGGAAUCGCUGCUGAACGGCCAACUGUCCGGCUCUGCUACAGCUACACGGAUCAAUGAGAUACUCGUCCCUCGACUGAUUUACGGCACCCGAGCUGAUGUGGGUGGGCUAUGGGGCAAGCUAGCUGGUAUGACGAGAUAUUUUGGCGCAACACAUACACAGCAAUUGGUCGAUUUACACAUUGCCAUCAAGAAUCUUCCCGAUAUCAUCAAUAAUGCUGGACAUGUGGUGACCUAUGGCGGUAAAGUGAUUUGGAGACAGAUGCCUGAUUGGGGCUGGAUAUUUUUCGAACAUGGCUUGGACCUCGACCUUCAGAGUGAAGAUCCUUACGAUGAAUGGCAUGCUCAAGCACCUGGAAAACUCGCUGCGACCAUUUUCACCGCGACCUUGAUGGUGCAGAGCAAAGACUUUCGAUCAUUGGCUAUUUAUGCUUGCGAUGCCCUCAAAGAGAUUCUAGAGCCUUUCGAUGAUAGAGAGAUGGCUGAUGAAUGGAAGAUGUAUAUUCCUCCUGCCGCAGCUUGGGUUGGGAUUGGUGGUGAAGUGUUGUAUGAUCUUUGUUUCAAGAAGACGUCUGAGGAGACUGAAUUUGCAAGAUUCACUCCUGAGAGCUGGGGAGUGUGGAGGGACAGGUUUGCAGCUUUGGCGGAUGACAAGGAGAUUGAUGAACGUUGUCAGGGCCUUUCGAGAACAGCAGCAGAAGAGAUGAAGCGGAUCGAACAGAGAGUUUGA